GUAAGUGUAAUAAUUUAGAUUAGUCCUUCAUGUGAUUUUCACACACAUUUAAUAUAAAUCUUAGUACACUUGGAAUAUUUCCUUCUGUUAUUUAGCUAACUUUCCUGAACAAGUAGUAGAUAAUCUUCCAGCUGACAUAUCCACUGGCAUUUAUUAUGGCUGGGCCAGUGUUGGAGAUGGAGAUGUUCAUAAGAUGGUGGUGAGCAUCGGAUGGAACCCAUACUACAAGAAUUUGAAAAAAUCCAUGGAAACUCACAUUAUGCAUACCUUCAAGGAGGACUUCUAUGGGGAAAUCCUCAAUGUGGCCAUUGUUGGCUACCUCCGACCAGAAAAGAACUUUGAUUCUUUAGAGUCACUUAUUUCAGCAAUUCAAGGAGAUAUUGAAGAAGCUAAGAAACGUCUAGAUUUGCCAGAACAUUUGAAAAUCAAAGACAACAAUUUCUUCCAGGUUUCAAAAGGCAAUAUUAUGAAGGACCACUAAUGAAAAAUGACCUUAUGUACUCAAAUGCUGUUUUCUAAUGCUUCACUGUUCAUUAUGCAGGGUCAUCUGUUAUAUUUUAAAUUUCCCUAUGCUAUGAAUUAGCUUAAACUAUACAAUAGUGUAGUUACUCAGCUAUGCUUCAACUGUUAAGUUAAAUUAUCAUGCUGUAUUUAAAAAGCUUCUUUUAAAAAUCAAGAUUUUUCUUUAUGUAAUAUGAACCCCACUAGAAAGGUAUUAUCUUACAAUGGAAAUAAAAUGUACUAUAGGAAUGGGUGAAAAGGCAAGUCAGUAGAGAUGAAAACGGUAAUCUUUAUGGUAAGAUAGCAGCAUGUAUGCACUUGUGUAGCAUUUACUGCUGAGUACAGAUGACUUAUAAAA